AUGGAAGAAGACAACGCUGAGGCAGUGGGUGUGGAUGAGGAUGGUGACGAUGAUAUGCCUGACCUCGAGUCUCUUAAUUAUGACGAUCUUGACAGUGUCUCAAAACUACAUAAGACACAACGUUAUAUUGACAUAAUGCAAAAAGUCGAAGGAGCGCUUGAGAAAGGCACAGAUUUGUCUAAUCAAGGGUUCAUCCUGGAGGAGGAUCCAGAGUACCAGCUCAUUGUAGAUUGCAAUGCUUUAUCAGUAGAUAUUGAGAAUGAACUCAUUAUAGUCCAUAAUUUCAUACGUGAUAAGUAUCGGCUGAAGUUUCCUGAACUGGAAUCCCUUGUUCAUCAUCCGAUUGAUUAUGCCCAUGUUGUUAAGAAGAUCGCCAAUGAGAUGGAUUCAACACUAGUAGAUCUGGAAGGGCUUUUACCUUCUGCAGUUAUAAUGGUUGUCUCUGUAACAGCGUUGACAACUAGUGGGAAGCCUCUUUCUGAGGAGAAUUUGGUAAAAACCAUUGAAGCAUGUUACAGAGCCCUUAAUCUUGAUGCUGCAAAGAAGAAGGUGCUUGAUUUUGUUGAGGGUAGAAUGGGUUACAUCGCACCAAACCUUUCUGGCAUUGUUGGCAGUGCUGUUGCUGCUAAACUGAUGGGGAUUGCUGGUGGUUUGGGAGCACUGGCAAAAAUGCCUGCUUGCAAUGUUCAGUUACUUGGAGGAAAGAAGAAAACCUUACUGGAUUUUCUACUGCCACAUCUCUCAGUUUCGUGUUGGCUAUCUUGA